AUGGAAUCCCAGGCAGAAGCUUACGAGCAAGAGAAUGUGCAUGAGGUCUACCAGAAUAUCGCACAGCAUUUCUCAGCCACUCGCUACAAGCCCUGGCCUAUCGUUCAUCAAUUUCUCCAAAAUUUGACAUCUGGGUCAAUUGGACUGGAUGUAGGCUGUGGUAAUGGCAAAAAUCUCAUGGCAAAUCGAAAUGUCUUUAUCAUCGGUUCAGAUCGAUCAGAAAAUCUGGCCCGGAUAGCUCUGAAGCAACAUCCCCAUUCAGCCAUAGUAGCUGAUAUUCUUCGUCUGCCGCACCGGGAUGCAGAGUUCGACUUUGCCAUCUGCAUUGCCGUCGUGCAUCAUCUGUCCACCCCGGAACGGAGAGCGCAGGCCAUUGCGGAAAUCCUGCGGACGGUCAAACGCGGUUCAGAUUUGCAACCUGGAGGACAGGUCCUCAUAUAUGCGUGGGCACUCGAACAAAAAGAUAGUCGCCGUGGGUGGGCCAAGGGUGAUCAACAGGACGUCAUGGUGCCAUGGGUCCGGAAGAAUCCUACCGCUCCCCAGGAGUCCCAAACUUUCCACCGUUAUUACCAUCUGUAUGAAGAAGGAGAAUUGGAAGGGGAUGUUGAGCGGGCCGGAGGCCAGGUGGUGACGUCCGGGUAUGAGAAGGAUAAUUGGUGGGUGAUCGCAACACCCAAGGUCAUCUCAUGA